CAAGCAAAGGGAAUAUGGGAGGAGAGAACUCCUAACUACUGUGCAACCUUUGCUGUCUGAGGGCUUCCUAUAGAGAGCAGGAUACACCAGAAUUGACUGCUCCAUGUCGUCUGAAGUAGAAAAGUUUCCUCAGAGCUGAGCAGUUAAUGGGAAGCAGCACUGAAACUACAGUACCGGGCUGUAACAUGCCACGCAGGCAGGGGAGAGGCUGUAUCCACUGACUCCAUGUGCCCCUGGGUAACUGAGCUGCUGGAGCUACCGGGCUGACAAAGCAACUGAGGAUGAACAGAGUGAGGAAAUAUUUCCGCGGCAGCGGGAGAGUCCUGGCAUUUAUAUUUAUUGCUUCAGUCAUAUGGCUUCUGUUUGACAUGGCAGCACUUCGGUUGUCCUUUAAUGACAUUAACAGCAAGAGCCUGCGAGACCUGGAAUUGCAGAGGGGAGAUAUAGGAGCAUGGAAAUUCAAAGGGAGGAUAAAGGAUAUGGACAGCAAAUGGAGAGACAUUGGGUCAUUCAGAGAUAAAGCAGACACCACUAAAUUAAGGGGCAUAUUUUAUCCAUUCACAGACAAACAUGAAAUCAGUCCUAAAGUUAAUAAAGGAAACUUAAACCUUGAGCCUAAAAAGAUAGUAAGGCAGAGGAAAAGGACUAUUGGACCACUGAAGCAAGUGCUUAAUAAAACUGUUUUAUCACCCAGAAAAGAAAUAUCUUACUCUCUUCCUUUAAGAACAAAUAUAUCAGAGGGGAGUAAAUCCAUUUUAAAUAACACCAAGCUGAUAAAGCAACAUCUUUCUGAACAACAGCUGAAAACUUCAGCAGCAACAAAUAUAUCAGAUGUUAAAUUAUCUUCAGCUGCAGUUCCAGGAGUAGGAGGGAAGCAGAAUGUGGUUGAACCUGUAAGUGCAGGAGUGAAAAAAAGUGCAAAAGACACCCGUGAACACUUACCUGUCACUCUGCAUGUAGAUAAGUUUAAAAAGGGACAGGAUAAUAACUAUAAUUCUUCCAAAGUCCUGCAAAAAGUUAAAGUUUCUCAUCUAACUACUAAGGGGCAUGAGAUACAUAAAUUAAACACAUCUCAUAAAGCUAAUACACUUCCUGCUAGUAAUGUGACUCAUUCAUUGCCUGCCAGCAAUCUAACUGCAGUGAUGGUCAAUAAGACAAUAUUAGACAGUGCACAUAUAGCUGUAAAUGGAACAAAGCAAUCUGUGCACAAAGCAGUAAAUGUGACAGGGAAAGGACUACAGACUUCUGAAAAAGAACUUCUGUUUCUAGCAGGGAUAAAAAACCAAUCAAAAGCAGGAAGUCACCAUAAAGAAGGGCUGUUAGCUCAAUUAACAAAUACAGCAAAAGAUAACCUCACAAACGUGAAUAUAAUAACGAAGGCAAAUAUUAUCAACCCUGUUAACAACCACACCACAGGUGAAAUAAAACGUAUUAAUGAUAAAUUAAACAACAGCUUUACCCUUAUGGCAAAGGCACCAGCAAUGCACAAGGUGUUAGUGAUUGAUGCAACAUUUGCCCCAAGAGAUCCCAAAGCCCCAGGCCAGUUUGGAAGACCAGUGGCAGUUCCUAAAGACAAGGAAGAGGAGGCAAACAGAAGAUGGAAAGAAGGAUAUUUUAACGUCUAUCUCAGUGAUCAUAUUCCACUAGAUCGAGCUAUUGAAGAUACAAGACCCCGUGGGUGUUCAGACCAACUUGUCCAUGAUGACCUUCCCACUACAAGCAUUAUUAUCUGUUUUGUUGAUGAAGUUUGGUCCACGCUUAUACGUUCCAUUUUUAGUGUCCUAAACCGAUCUCCAGCCCAUCUUGUGAAAGAGAUUAUUCUUGUAGAUGACUUUAGUACAAAAGAUUACCUUAAAGACAAAUUAGAUCAAUUCAUUAAGCAGUUCCCCAAAAUCCGCAUUCUCCAUCUAAAAGAAAGACAUGGGCUGAUCAGAGCCAGAAUUGCUGGAGCAAAUAUUGCAAAAGGAGAUGUUUUGACAUUCCUGGACUCGCAUAUAGAAUGUAAUGUUGGGUGGCUUGAACCGCUUCUCGAACAAGUUCGAUUAAACAGAAAGAAAGUAGCAUGCCCUGUAAUUGAAGUAAUUAGUGAUAAGGACAUGAGCUAUAUGACAGUGGAUAACUUUCAGAGAGGCAUCUUUACAUGGCCCAUGAAUUUUGGUUGGAAACCAAUCCCUCGAGAAGUAAUUAAGGAAAAUAACAUAACUGAAAUGGAUCCAAUAAAAUGCCCAGUCAUGGCUGGGGGAUUAUUUUCUGUUGAUAAGAAAUAUUUUUAUGAACUUGGAACAUAUGAUCCUGGAUUGGAUGUUUGGGGAGGUGAAAAUCUGGAAAUUUCAUUUAAGGUUUGGAUGUGUGGUGGAGAAAUUGAGAUCAUUCCUUGCUCCAGGGUGGGGCACAUAUUUAGGUCCGACAAUCCAUAUUCUUUCCCAAAGGAUAGAGUAAAAACUGUAGAAAGAAAUCUGGUCCGUGUGGCAGAGGUUUGGCUUGAUGAAUAUAAAGAGUUAUUUUAUGGCCAUGGAUACCAUCUACUGUUGCAGCAUUCCAAUAUUGGAGAUCUCAACGCACAAAAAGAACUGAGAAACAAACUUAAAUGCAAAAGCUUUCAAUGGUACCUGGAAAAUGUCUAUCCUGAUCUGGAAGCUCCCCUUGUCAGAGCUACUGGAGUGAUAACAAAUAUUGAAUUGGGAAAAUGUCUUUCUUUACAAAAUUCUACUGUGAUUCUGGAGUCAUGCGAUGGAAGUAAACCUAGCCAACAAUUUGCCUUUACCUGGCUAAGGUUGAUAAAACAAAAUAAUCUCUGCAUGGCACCUGCUAAUGAGGGAGACAGACUGAUUUUGUACCCUUGUGACAACAUGAAUAAUAAACUCAGGUGGCUACAUAAAUCUUUGACUGCCUUACAUCCAUCAAUGAAAGAUCAUUUUGUCCUAGAAAACAUUAAUCCGCCAACAUGCCUCGAUGUAGACAAGAUGCGCAAAACCUUAAGAACAAACACUUGUGACCCCUCUAAUAAAUUUCAGAAGUGGAUAUUUGAGAAGUACUUUGUUGAAUGAAGAUGAUGGUAAUUUGUUUAACUGCUGUGAAACAAUCCCCUUCCAAGGAGUACCAAGAAAAUAUGUUCUUUAUAAUUGAAAUGGAGAAUGGUUACCUUAAAAUAGUAGUCUGGUGUCUACUAUAAUCUUAUCAGCAACUGUGUUGGAGCUGUGCUUCUUAAAACCAGUCUAUAAGAAAUAUCAAGGACAUUAUUUAGAUUUCUAUUAUGUAAAUAGGACAAAGGUAGCUAUUGCUAAUUUGUGUUUUAUUUUGUUAAAAUGGUACGACAAACAAAAUCCAGACAGACAUGCUAGGAAUGUUUGUAUAUUGGUAAAACUGAGCUGGUUUUAAUAAGUUAUAGGAGUUUUAGGGUACAUAUAGGGAUGCAAACUAUUUAUCUGAUGAUCGGUCGCAGCUGGAAUGUAUAUCGGAAUUAAAAAGCUUAAUGGACAAAGCUUUACAUUGACAAACCAAGGAUAAGGGUUUAAUUACUAUUUGUAUUUAUUCAUUUGACAUGUAAUUAAUAAAAAAAUGUCUGUUCACUUCUCAUCUGCCCUUAUUGUAAAAGCGAUAAGAGCAUGGUAGUGCUCCUUCCCUUUAUUUGGUAGGAAAUGGGAAGGAACAACAAGAGCUGAAGCAGAUUGUUAUUUAAUAAAUAUGAAUAGGUAUAAGUAAAUAUCAGAUUCACCACUUACCAUGAAAUGCAUAAUUCUUCCAUGCUCCUCUGCAACAGCUGUCAAUCAAACUCCCUAUACUGAAACAAUGACUGUGCAUGCACUUUUGCUGUUGUAGGGACUAAGCACCUGAUUUUGCUAUUGCACAUGGCCAGUGACUGACAGAAUGGUUGUUUAUCAGUUAUGGUGAAUAUGGGGGGGGGUGUAAAAGUGGAAUAUAAAGUUAUAUUUUUAGAUAUAAGUAUGUUGGAUUUUAGUUAAGUGUACAAUAUUUUUAUGAAAAUGUUUUUGAAGAAUUAAAAUGUUAUGUUCUUGUAUUAUAAGUAUUUUUUGUAAUCUGUUUUUUUUUUUAAUUAGAAUGUCCAUUUAAAUGCUUCUAUUCAUUAGAUCAUGUUGGUUUUGUAUUAGUGAGCCUCUGUAACUAUUAACCCAGACAAAGUUGUUAAACAGAUAAUUCAAGAUUUGUAGCAGGACAUGACUGGUAUGCCAUUAAAAAGUGGCAUACGUGAAUAGCUACCAAUCACAUGCCAAGGAACUGCGAUGUUUUCAGUCUCCAAAUUCUGCUUUAGCUAUGUGUUUAAUGACUUUACCCAGGUUUAAACACAGUUUUUAAAAAAAAGUAUGCAAAAAAUUACAUAUAACAAAAUAGAACAUUUAUUUUUGCAUUAGAAUGUCCCUUUAAUAAUGGCAAUAAUUUGAACAAAAUAUUAUUGUUUUAAAUUAAGAAUGUGCAUUGUAUAACUGUGCACAUGCUGUUUAACUACAUUUUAAGUGCACUAAAAGGUCAGAUCAGAAAUUAAUUUGCCAAUCUUCAUGAGCAGCAUUUCAUCUCUGACUAUGAAAGGAAAAACUGAAUACUGCAUGGGUUAACAUCAUUACAAUAAUAAGAUUGUAGAAUAUUCUGAAUGCUUAUUUAAUUGCUGCUAAAUAUGUUGUUAUAAAUACAGAUACUCAUUUUAUCAUUGAUGGUUUCUAUCGCCUAAAUUAGAAUAUUCCACCUUUUAUGAAUAGUUGCUGUCCUUUCACAAUGCUAUAAGGAAAGCACAAAGGCAUGUUUGUCAACUUGUAUAGCACUGAAAUCUGUCAGACUAUGAGAUCAUUGGGUAUAAUUGUUGGGUUUAUGAAAUUUGGUUUACUGCUAAAAAAUGGAAAAUAGUCCUACUGCUAAGCUUUGACUAAUAUUGAAUGUUAUAUAUUUAAAUAGGAAAUGCUUUGAGAGAUGCUUCUCUGAGGAACCUGAGACAUUGUUAAAUGGAUAGAGAAAAGAGAAUGCUCUAAUGUGUUAUUGCUCUGUCACUGGAAUAUAACUGUUAACCACAUGCAAAUUAGUUAAACACAAAGUUAAAGUUGGCUUCAGAGAAACAAUGCAAUAGUGAAAUAUCGGUAGGGUUGCCAUCCAGCCUAUGUUUUAUCAACAUGGCCAGUAUUUUAAAUGUUCUGGUCAAUGUAGAAAAUAAAGAAUAAAUACAGAAAUGAAGGUCCUAUAAUGGUGACAUUUCUCCCAAUUGUGUUAGAAUGCAAUUGGAAACAAAUGAUCAUGUAUAAACAAUCCUUGGAACUAUAGCUUCUGAGUUGUGUUGUAUGAUAAUGUGUGCAAAUCUAUGCUAAUGAGUAUGGCUGGCAUUUUUUUCCAAGAAAGGUGGCAACCAUAGAUAUAGGUGAACAUAUCUGGUGAGCCAAUGACAACAGGCAUUUAUGUGUAGCCACCAAUCACUAGCUAGCUCCUAGUAGUGCACCAUCUGCAUAUGUUUUUCAACAAAGGAUAACAAGACAACAGAGUAAUAUUGAUAUCAGACGUAAAUUAAAAAGCCUCUUAAAAUUACAUUUUAGUUUCAACCAUGAAUAUUUCAUUUUGAUUUUCAUCUCUCUUUAAGUUUGUAAACAUUUCAUGAAAUAAGGAUAGUAGCUGAAUUUAUUUUAUUUGAUGCUAUACUGUACAGUUCACAGGUGAUUUUCAUUUGCAUGUUAAUUUAUUUGACCAGUAAUAUUCUUCAUCUGUUAAUGUAUUUUCUUUUUAAGAAAGUUGCACUGUGUACCCCUAUAAAGUCAUUUGUUUUCAGAGGCCUAAGUACACUUAGCUAUUAAAUAGCCAGUGACAGCCACACUCGGCUACAAACAAAAAGCAAUCCAAGCCAAUGUGCUUAUUUAUUACUUCAUUUGGCGAUACAGUGGGUCAUUGAAGAAAUUAUGUUUGUACGAAUGAAACGCAUUUGACCGUGCCAUAUACGGUGUGUACUGUAGUCCCAAUGAAGAUGUAAAGAAGCACUUUAUGUUUUUAAGCACAUCAGCUUGGAUUGCUUUUUUGUUUGUAGUAGGGUGUGGCUGUCACUGGAUACUUUGUUUCAAUUGGAGCACAGGUGGAGUGCUUCCUUUUGACACUGGUAUUCUGUUGAAAACUCCAAGAAAUCGAAAACUCCAAGAUGACAUCACUUCCGGUGACUCUUCCAUUUUCACUAUCUGUUUUUGCCUCUGUCUGGAGGGCACACCGCCGAUCCUCUGGCAUCCACCCCCCUUGAACCCCCCAGGCAGAGCCAAAAUAUAUAGUGAAGAUAGGCGAUUACAGUCCCAUCUGAUUGGCCCGUGUCUCCUUGAGGGACAGGAUGCACAACCAAUAAGAUGUAUGGAUUCUCCAGAAGUGACGUCAUCUUGGAGUUUUCGAUUUCUUGGAGUUUUCGAUAUAACACCAGCUCUACAGUCAAAGUAUUGGACUGAAAGUACUCUGAUGAAGGGAAAUCAAUGCAGCAGUGUGAAGAACACUGUGAGGUUGUGGCAAUGAGCACCUGGAGCACUUGCCUGUCAUUUGCUGCGCAUACUUAGCUUUUACUUGUAGUACAAUUGUUGCUUUUAUAGUUACUUUCAGCAACUGUUACUUUCACUAAUCAAUAAAGGUUGUAUAACUGUAUGCAUGUACAGUUAUGUUUAUUUAAACUGGUCUGCGUAAUUGGUACUUUAGAUAAUUUACCCUAUUCAUCUGGUUAAAAUCCAAUAACUUUUCCUUGGACUCUUGUCUUAGAUAUUUUUUAAAAAAAUGCAAACUUCUUUUACUGUUAGAAAAAUUCACAUUUUUCUUAAAUCUUUUAUGGACUAAACAAAACUGCGUGUUACAUUUCAGCGAAACUUUUAUUCAAACAUAUUGCUGCUAAAGUACAGAAUGAUAAUCAAGACAAUAAUAAUGUUGUUUUCAUGAAACUAAAUGAUCAAUGCAGCCUUGUAAGAGUUUGUUUUCUGUUUGGAACAUAAAAAAAAACACAAAGACUGGGUUUGUACUUCUGAAAAUGUUUUUUUCAUUAUUUUUUUGUAUGUCAUGUUAAAGGGAAGAUUAUGUUAUUGUAGGGAUUGUUAUCUUUUUUUCUGUAUUGUUAGUAUUUAUUCUUUCAAAGGGACUUGUCAUGAAAUAAAAUACUUAAAGACA